UGAUGCGGGCGAGCGUCGCGGGCGGGCCGGCGUCCGGCUGGGCGCAGCUGUGCCUGAGCGCGGUGCAGACGGCGCUGUACGGCUCGCUGUUCGCCUUCGCCUACGCGCAGCUGUGGCGGCUGCUGGCGUGGGGGUCGCGGCGGCUGAGCUGCCAGAGCGUGGGGCUGUUCCUGGGGCUGGGCUGGGCGGCGCUGAGGACCACCCUGUUCGCCGCCGCCCUGGCCCCGCGCGGCUCCCCCGCCGCCCUGCCCCGCCUCCGCCCCGGCACCCACUGGCUGCUCCACGGCUGCCCCGCCUGCCUCCUCUUCGCCACCCUCUGCCUCCUCAACCUCCACCUGGCCCAGGUUAUCUGUAAAGUCAGAUGUGCAGCCGAACUCGACAAAAACAAAAUUCUACUGCAUCUGGGCUUUAUAUUGGCGAGCCUCAUCUUUCUGGGGGUGAAUUUAACCUGUGCAAUGUUGGUUCAUAAAGGCAUCCCUGAAAAUCAGCUAAAGUGGACAAUGUCUGCUCGAGCCCUGAUAAAUGAUAGUCUCUUCAUCCUCUGUGGUAUUUCAUUAGCUAUUUAUAUCUUCAAAAUUACAAAAAUGUCAUCAGCAAAUGUCUACCUCGAAUCAAAGGGCACUUCUGUGUGUCAGACUGUCGUCGUAGGGACUGUGGUCAUCCUUCUCUACUCUUCAAGAGCUUGUUAUAAUUUGGUGAUCACAAUAUCUCAGGAUAAUACAGAGGGCCCAUUUAAUUACGGCUGGGAUAACCUUUCUGACAAGGCUCGUGUGGCAGACAUCAGCGGAGAUGAAUAUGUAGUGUUUGGAAUGGUCCUGUUCCUGUGGGAAUUUGUGCCAACCUGCACUGUGGUGCUGUUCUUCCGGGCCCAGAGGCCGAACCAGAAUUUGGCCCCUGCUGGGAUGGUCAACAGUCACAGUUACAGUUCCCACGCUUACUUUUUCGACAACCCGAGACGGUACGAUAGCGACGACGACCUUGCAAGACUCGGAGGUUCGAGGGAAGGGAGCUUGAACAACUCCCAGAGCUCUGGUUGGUACGGAACUAUAGCCAGCGGUGGCGGCAGCAAUUUCGCCGCCUCUCCUCAUUUGAACGGCCUCCCGACAGAUCCAGUCCCCCUCCUCUUUUCUGCUGGUAACUUGGAAACCAACAACCAUCAUUUCUAUUCGACGCCCCAAAACUGACGACGGCACCGAGAGCCAACAUGCUCAAAACGGUUUACAUGAGCGUGUGCGUGCGUGUGCGCGGGUGUGUGUUUGUGCGCGUGUGUGUGUGUGUGUGUUCGUUCUAGGCGGUUUAAUUCCAUCGGCAUAAACAUUCCAGUUACUUGAUGCAGCUAAAAACAAAGCCCUGGAGAGACGGCUGCACUCGGUGGAAGACGAAACGGUUACUCCUGCCUCUUUCUGGAAAAACGAAGCCCAAUCUUUUGAAAACUGUCUUGGGAGGAGGAGGGAGGGAAGGAACGGGUCAUCGGGAUCGUAGAGCUGGAUUGUCCAGAACUUCCUGACUUCCAUCCAAUGCAUAUUUGCACUUUUAUCUUUACAUUUUGAAGGAGCUGACCCUGUUCUGCUAGUUACCACACUCCGAUGUUCAGAAGGGUUUGUUUUAUUGCACUUUCGAGCUGGGAGGCAGGCGUCCUGCCAAGAACAAAUAUUCAGCAGUAUAUGUGUAGGCUGAUGGUAAUAACGUGACAGUUGGGGAUGUCCAUUCUAUUGUGCCCCGUAUUGUCCAAGCUUUUCCCACGCGGUACUAAGUGUCUGAACACCGUGGAAAGGGUUCUUAGGGAAUUAGUGGAGAGGUCAUCUUGGCUAAGCUUAACGUUGCCAUGGGAUUGCAAUAACUCUAGCAGAAGAGUGGGUAAUGUUGUUUUAUCAAAAUAGCAGCUGUCACUUUCUUAAAAAGAAAAGUAAGCUAGUGCGGUCAGAGGUCCUAUCACCAGAACCUGUGGUCCAACCCACAGGACAGAGCGCGGUGUCUGAAAGCUGGCCUGAAGAAAACCGUAGUGAGAUUGUGGUAGAAACUUCCUGAGGCCAGAUAAAUUAUUCACCGCAUGAGAUCCAUUUGACUAAACUCCGAGCCCGAUCGCAGCCUACAGAGUGGUACCUAUCUUGGCACUUACUGAAGUCGAAAUAGUUGGUACUCCAAGCUGAAACGGUGCAAGUAGCAGGACUGUCUCUAGGUGUAGGAAAUCCUGUUCAAAUGAACACAAGCGGAGUGCUCCUUGCUUGGAGUUGCCAGCUUCAUUAGCGGGGCACAGCAAGACUAGUAUUUGCUAAACUCAAGCUGGUGGAAACAUUUGCAGAGAGGUGGAAGGGAAUGAGCACAUUGGCAAACCAACGGUAAUCCAUCGAAACGUUUGAACCUUUAAAUUGAAGCAGUAUACUAGCAGGGUGUUGGAGCUAAGUUUAACUAUGUAAAAUACCCUGCUCAAAACUUGAACCAAGGAGUGGAAGUUUACACUGAGUCUACAGUGGAAUUUUUAAAGGCCCCUUUCGACUGGUGUUCUUCUGUGGAAAUAGGAACAGAUGUUGAAGAACACCAGGCGAUUGCAAGCAGAUAGGGCGGACUGUGGUUAGAGAGUCAAUAACUUGGCAAGAGCCUGUCUCAUCUCCUCGAACUUGAACCCAACUGCGUAAAUGCUUGACUUCUUGACUUAGUAUAGCUUGACUUCUAUACUGAUUUUGAGAUUGUCAUACCGUUAUCGUUCCACUGCUAAUGAAACACGUGUAUUUAAAAUUAAGAGGGUACGGGGUAAGCAAGACGUGCUUUUGAACUCUAGUAGGCCAAUGGCAACAUUUCAGUGCAAACGUGAUUACGAACGUCAGUCCUAAGUCUGUAGGUAUGUCUACAUCUUCACUAAGUGUUUUUUUUUUAAAUAAAGUCAGGUACUAAACAUUAGUGGAAGCUUUGCAGUGCAGACGUAGUAACUUCUGAAAUGCAAAAAAAAAAAAGUAGCAACUUAACACUUGCACAUAGCUGUGUGCAUUUUAAAUGCAGUUGCAUUUUUUUUAGAUUAAUUUGUCUCAGUAGCCCAUCUGCCACUGUGCUCACUUGAGAUCCUGUACUGUAACCGUUCAGAACCUUUUGAAUCUCAGUGCUUGGUCCGAGGGUUUCUAUCCAGAUAAAUUUGACGUGCCGCAGCGAUCUAUCAGCCCGCUCCUCGAGCAGCAAGGUGGCGAAGGCACUUUAGUAUUCCAGCAUUUGCGGCAUGGAGAAAUGCAUUGGUUUCUCCAGCCCCUUUAAUUCUCCUUUUCCAAGUUGAGAUUCGAAAGCCUGCUCUCGAUCGCUCUCAGACGUACUCAAGUGCUCCCAUGUGUCUCUUCCGUCCCCACCCACUGGCCCAUGUUUUUGCUUAAAAAUUCCAAAGCACUAGGAGCACUUUAAGUUUUGGUCAGGAGGGAAGGGAGUGUUGCAAAACAAAAACAAAAAAAAACAAAGGGCUAUGGGCUCACUCUUCAUCUUGCACUGAAGCACAUACUGACAAGCUUGAGACCUUCCUUUUUGGCUCCUAAAUUGGGGAAGUGGGUCGUGUUGUUUAAGUGUUCAGUUCUAGAGCGAUUAGCAGUGUUAAGUCUUAAUUUGUAUGGAUGGCCAUUCAUUCGGGAACUGACCGCUCAUUGCAACUGGUCGCGUAGUUUUACGGAAGAUGUGAUUUAUGGCUGAAAAGUGGCUUUCAUAUGCAUAGCUGCCUUUCUCUUUUUUUUUUUCUUUUUUUGUAUUUCUCAGCAAUGUAAUCAGUGGAACACUGACUCCAGAAAAACGCUGUGGCCAAUGAAUGUACUUGUUGUCUCACUAAAUGGUAACAAAGCACUACUGUUGAAAUAAAAUUGUGGUUUUGUGUUA